AUGGCAAUAGCAGAUAAUAGUUCGUUUUCCAUGUCGACAAUGUCUGAUGCAUUACAACAUAUCCCUUUCUCUAAAGGAAUCUCCGGUUACAUUCCUCCUCCUGGUUUCGCCCCACGCGCCACCGUAGCUAACUCCCGCUUAAAUUCUCUGUUCAGCGUUAUGACUAGUGGCGAAGGUUUGGCACAGUUUAAAGACAUUAUCUCAAAGUCUGACCGAAAAGAGCUUCACAUGAUGGUGUCGUUGCUUACGUCAGACUCCGAUUACUUCACGAAGAUCGUCAGAAACAUUUACGGAUCCAGACGCGUGCAAAAACUCUUAGGAAUAUCAGAUGACGUGGACGCUUUCUUCUACGCGGCUCUCUUGCGCCGGUUCUUCCAUAUCAUCACCGAUAAGUACGCAUCCUACGUGGCGAUGCGAGCUAUGCUAGUUUUCGACCAGAAGAAGAAGUAUGUGAUGUACGAGCACCUUCUCCACCACGCGCUCGACAUCGCGUGUAAUCAGUACGGCUGCAUCGCGCUCAACGAGAUCAUAACCGACGCUGAUGAUCCUUUCUACAGAAAUCUUCUACUAGAAGUAGUCGCGCGCAACGCUCUCUACCUAAGCAACGAUCCUUCAGGGAACUUCGUGGUCCAACACGUGCUUAAACUGUAUGACUUGCGUUGCACGCAUAAUGUAGCGGUGAGUCUUCGUGGCCAUUGCGUUGAUCUGGCGUUUAAGAAGUAUGGAAGCUACAUUGUAGAGAAGCUUCUGGAUACGGAGAUGUCGAUGGAUGUGGUGGUUGUGGAGCUUUUGGAGUGCGAGGGAGACAGGUUGAUGAGGCUGGCGAGGAAUGAGUUUGGGAGUUUCGUGGUGGUCAAGGCACUGAGAGUCACGAAUGAGAUGAAUAGGGUUGAUAUGUUUAGGGGUUUGGUGGAGAAGCUGAUGCCUUUUCUCCACCUUUUGCGUAGAUCUCACGGAAGCAACAUUGCAAACAUCUUGGAGUCGACUAUUAAUUAA